UGUCAAACAAAAUCAACAACUAAAAAAUUGUAAACAAACUGUUAGCACGUGUAAUAUAAAUAAAUAAUAUUUCUUGACUUUUCAAACAAAAUCAAUUUUAAAUAAGAAAUAAUGGUUGAAAUCGAUGGAUAUAAAGCUGUUCCCCUGCGAGUAACAGCAAAUGUUGAGCACUGUCAUAGCAUUUAUAUGAAAGAACACUUCAUACGCUUAAUGGAUCCGAAUAAACCCAAAGGGCGGACGUUAUUUCUGUUAAAUAUACCUCCCUAUGUAACGGAAAAGAGUCUGGAGCUAUUUUUCAAUCGGACAGGCACAGUGGUUUCUGUCACAUUUGCUGAAAAACCUGGCAAAGAAGAAACAGAUAAAUGGAUGCAGAAUAUCACCGAGUUCAGUAAUAAGGAGCCACCAUUUAAAUUCAAAGUAGCUUACAUCGUGUUUAAAACAACAAAUAAUGUGGAAAGAGCUUUACAAAUUAACAGUAUAGAUUUAUAUAAUGAAGCCACGGGAGACGCAACAAUUGAAAGUGGCAUGCAAUUAUGGCAUUCGCAAUAUCAGCUAAAACAAUUGGAUGUCGCAAAGACACAAAAAUACAUAAAUGAAUAUAUGGCAGAUUACGACGAGAGGGAAAGGGAAGCAGCUGCAGCUGCUAAAAAUUCCGAAGCGGAUGCUGAUGGCUGGGUAACAGUUGGUAAACAGGGUAGAAAUUCAGGAUUCGAACAAAAGGAUACAGUCAUUGGCAAAUUGGAAGAAAAAUUAGAACGGGGUAAAAAGAAGAAAGAAUUAUCAAAUUUUUAUACUUUCCAAAUAAGAGAGUCUAAAAUGAAGAACAUUAUUGAACUAAGAAAGAAAUUUGAAGACGAUAAAAAGAAAAUCGAAACACUAAAGCAAACUAGAAGAUUUAGACCAUUUUAAAGUAUGUACAUGUAAAAUUUAAAGUCCAAAUACAAUAUCACAUAACAAAGAGACAUAAA